GUUAUCCAACUACGAUGGCACAAGGUGUUACAAAACUUAAACCAAACCCAUCAAAGAAGACGCACAACGCUCACAAAGCUUCUAAGAAUGCCUCUAUUAUGAAAAAAGGUCAGAAGGCUAUUCCACCAAAGAAGAAAAACGAAGUUGAGCGCAAAACUAAUAUGAAGAAACUCAGUUCAUCUAUUAACAACAAUAUCGAGAAGCAAAUGGUUGGUAAAGCUGCUAGUGGUCCACUUCAUAUUAUCAAGGAAGAAUCUUUUAAGAAGAACGAUAUGAAGAAUAAAAAGCAGUAGGAUAUACACUAGCAUUACUAUUCGAUUUGUACUAUAGACAUUUAUGGCAUUCACUUUCAACUUCUAAUUCAACAUAUCUCGAUCAGUAGUACAACAGAGAAGAUUUAUCUAACAAUCAACUAAUCACUAUAUCCCUUAGCUUGAUUGAGGUUAAUAGAGCUGAUUUCAGAUGUUAUACCCUCGGCUUUCUCGAUAUCUUGGAUACGACUACGAGCUGGGUUUUCAGGGAAGAGCUUAUUGUGCUCUUCAAUGGAACGUGGCCGUUCUCCUUGUGGCGUAACUAACCUACAUUAGAUGCUAAUUGAUAAUCUAUUUUCACUUACCCCUGAAAGCGUGACGCUGAUUAGGGAAACUAUUGAAAAUGGCGCUGUGUGCAGUAACAGAAUUUUCAAAGAUGACUACAUCUCCAGAGCCCCAGCGUACACGGACUUGCGCGUCAACUUGAUCCGCAACUUGCCUAUAAAGGAGAUUCAAAACGUGAUCGUUUUCAUGUUUAGGGAGUGAGACAAAAUUGUCACCUUGCUUAGCUAGCAAUGCACGAGAGAACCCUGGUUGAACAUAAAGCGCUUUCCAUCCGGUCACAGGAUGAACUCGAACGAGUGGAUGGAUGUGUUCAACAGGGGGUCUUCUAAUUGGAUGACCAGCGGCUUCAGCACCUUUUGCUUGAUUUACACCUGAGUGAACAGCGUAGAGUGUCUCCAAGUAUGCUUGCAGACUUGGUGAGAAGCUGUCAUAAGCAGCAUAAGCAGACGAAAAUACUGUAUCACCACCUGUAGGUGGUGCAGUAAUUACUUGCAAGAAAGUGGCUGUUGGUGGUUGUAACUCAUAGGUAAUAUCACUAUGAAAAUUCUCAGUAGGAGUGAAUGCACCAGUAUUUGGCUUCUUGUACUUGUCAGCGUAGAUAAUGUGCAAAUUCUCUAAAUCUGGAUCCUCAGCAGCUGCUCUCGCUUGAGGAGAUACGGGAUGCUUAUGAAGGACUGGUGAAAAGUAUCUACCAAAUUCCAAUGCCUUCUUUGGAUCAACUGGUUGGUUUCUGAAGAUAAGAAUACCUCUCUCAGCAGCCAAUAGUGCGAGAUCGUUGAGUUGCGCCUCAUUGAGCGUAAACAAGUUUUUACCUUCUUGGAAAGUUACUUCUGUUCCUAUCGCCGGUUCAAUGUUGUCGAUCUUGCUGGUAACGCUGAAAAGAUCCUUCUUGUUCUUGUCCGCAAGGUGGCCUUUAUUGUGAUGCUCAAAAGGGGUCUCACUGUAUGGCUCCCAUUUGAGAUCAGGGUAUGCUGGUUUGAGAUGGUUAUAUGGGUAAUUUGGAUCGUCGUUUGCAGAUCCUACGUUUGGGUAAUCUUGUGUCUUUGGUUGAUAAGCUGAUGCUGAUUGGAGUGUUGUAAUCGUCGUCAUUUAGUUUAGCUUAAUUUGCUAGAUAAAGAAUAAGGAAAUAAAAUACGCCCUUUAUUUAAAUGCAUGCUGCUAUCUGAUUUGUAACAUUGAAUGAAACAAAAUCACGUCAGUAUUGCGUAUCAAUAAGGACCGAAAAACCGAAGACGUUAUUCGUGAUUAGUUACAUAGGUGUGAUAAGCAUGCGCAGAUUAUUUGGCAUAUUUCGAUCUGAGAGAUGAUCAUAUGACCGAGAAAUUGUUCUAGCGAGAAAUACUCUUGAUUGUGAGAUAAUUUAAGAAAUUAUGUUAUUAUAUAGAAUUGCUAUCUUAAAUACUAUUCUAAUAUAAGAAAUCAAUCCGACUCGGGACUAAACUUUUAUUAGUUUCUCCACUUUCCACCCAUUCGUUCGUUUAUUCAAAAAUGUAUAUAAAGAAAUGCUAGUAAAUAUAUUCAAUCUGUCAUAAAAUUGCAUCUUCUGACGUUUUAAAACUAUCUUCUCAUCUAACAAUCACUUGAUAACUGAAAGUAUACGACAAAAUAAAAAAAUAAAAAUCGGAUGCCCAAGAAAAGCAGCGAUAGGCUUGUAAACGCUUGCUACAACUGUCGUAAUGCUAAAUCCAAAUGUACCACUAGUAACACAGAAAGUUCAUGCGAUAGAUGCAAUAAAAGAGGCCUCGAAUGCGUCGUAGAUAGCAUUAUACGGCGACGAGGUAAAGAUCGUAAACCUAGAGUAAGUAAUAAGCGGAAAGAAGCAUCAAAAGAGUCGUCUGAGAUAACGGAUGUAGCCGUUAGAUCAUCAACGAGGCAACUAUCGAAUAGAACUUCUAGUUCAACUAAAACAAGCUCUAUAACGACAAGAAAUUCUACGAAGUUAACGGACAAUAGUCAUAAGGAUUCCAUUAAAGAUAGAUUAUUCUCUAGCAACAAUAAUAACGACAUCUUACACACCACCAACUUCCCAGAAUUUGCCUAUCAAACAUCAUUCAAUCAAUCGGCUAAUAGUGCAACUGUACCUUUACUUUUCAACCCUACGAGCGACUAUCAACAGUCUACAUAUUGGGAUGUCCUUAUCAUGGAGAAAAUGAGCGAAUAUCAUAUCGAUAGGAAUACUGCAAUUAAACACAUUGUUGGUGACCUUUGGAUUGUUUUUAGUCGGGCUGAUUUGAUAGCGACGAUGUUCCACCUUCCUACAAUUCUCGAAGUCAUAAGGAGUCAACAAAAGAGAGACACACUCGAGCCAGCACUUAUAUACAUCCUAUUGGCUAUAUCCUAUGCAAUGCAAGGUCGUUCUGAUAAACCUUGCGCUACACAAUCAAAACUAAAAGCUCUCAAUUAUGCUGAAACGUCCUACACACAUCUUAUGUCAGCUAUGAGUACAAAUAAGAUGACUUUAGGUGUAGCACAAGCAGCCAUAUGCUUACAAUAUUAUGAACUGUUUCCUAAGCCAAUUUUUGAUGUUCAGAAAACGGGAGCAUGCUUGGUUAUAGCUGAUGCUGUAAUAAGAACCCUAGCACUGACGUGUUUAGAUGCCGACAAAGUUGAACAUGUUUAUGAUGACGACGGAAUUUCUAUCACUACGACAGAUUUGGAAACGACUCAACAAAGACCUUUGACGCCGAUUUCAAACCAUUCGUCACCACUUCCAGAGUUAUGUACUCAACCUGAAUGUAAUUGCCAGAAGUGGACAUACGAUGAGCUGCACAUGCAGAAAAAGGAAGGAAUACGCUUUCGUUUCCUUCCCCGAUUUGCAAUCAACGAAAUCUCGGACGAGAAAGAAAUCAAAGAUGAGGAGAUACGCAGAGUUGUUUGGACAGCUUUAAAUCAAAGUUGGUAUCAACAGAUGUUCCAACCAACAUUGAGUCCGCUAUACAUCAACGACAGCUCAAAUUAUGGUAUUUUCCUUACCUCUGAGCGCUAUGUUAGCAAUCUUCCCAAUCCUACCGAUAGAGAUUGGUCGAGACGAACACUCUACGCACUUCUAGAUCGCGGAAAGCUACUUUGCCAUGGUGCUAUGCGAUUGAGGCUGCCUUUAUUGGAAUUCCAUAUAAAAGCACUCAAAAUUGUUCGGGAGGCCGAUAUCAUUGAGACCGAGCUCGAAAAACACACUUGUCAUAAUGGUAUUCCACGUUGGCAAGUUUCUAACGUCGUAUUCCUUACAAAGCUUGUUCUCACUGCGAAGCUGCGACGGAUUACAGAUUUCAAAGAUGGACAGAGAAGUUAUUUCACCCGCAUACAAGCCAAAAAGUGGCUCGGAGAUCAUGGAAAUAUCUAUAGACAGUUUAUUGGCGGUGGUAUAAAAGAUGCACCAAUGAUACUGGGUGUCCUUACCGUUCAGGCAUUACGUUGUCUCGACUUGUACGGUAUUGAUGGCGACCUAGUCAUGGCAUUAUAUGUAUCAAGGGGUAUCCUUGCAGCAAUAGAACAAUUGUUACAUUUCCACCCAUGCGAUUCACCCGACGUCCAACGAAUGUUAGAUAAAGUCCGAAAUUCAUGCAACUUUGAACACGAAUCCAUGAAAAAGGCUUUCAAACCACCAAACCCACCUCCACAUCCGCCAACUUUUGAAGAACUGCAACAAUAUAUAGUAGAACACAAUACAAUCAGCGAAAUGCUAUAA